AGUUUUCGGCGUGUAGUGCUUCGUGGUCACCUCAGCUGCAGCCCCGGAGCGGACCGCGGGUAGGGAAGGGGAUAGGGUCAGUUGUCCGGAACGAUGAUGCAGGGGACGGUGGACAGUCCGGUGGCUGCCUUGAUGCAGGAGAGCUUUGGCUGCUCCAUCGCCAACCGCUUCUACCAGCUCCUGGACGACGAGUCAGACCCCUUCGACAUCCUGAGCGAGGCCGAGCGCCGCCAGCAACAACGCAAGAAGCAGCAAGAAGAGGCGGCGGCGGCAGCCGCCAGGACAGCCGGUCCUGGCGGCAGGGCGGGCGGCGGCAAGAGGGAGUCCCAGAAGCAGCGCAAGCAGUCCGGGAGUCCCCCUGUGCCCUGGGGGCCGCUGGAAACCGGCCAGAAGCGAGCACCCUACUGGGGAGAACAGCAAGGAUUCAAUAACAGAAGAGCAGAGGUGAAACAAGACAAAAAUGAAGAGAGACCAUAUUUCGGAAAAUAUUGUGCCAAUGAAACAGAAAGACAAGUGGAACCUACAGUGGAAAGAUCAACUGAAAGAUUAGACCACCAUGAAAGGCCAGUAAGAGGUUGUGGCAGAGAAGGUGGAAUGUGAGGUAGAGGAAGAGGUAGUGGAAUAAACAGAAGUUUUGAUGACUUUGAUCAGAGAGGAAGAUGGGAGUUUGAAAUACAAAGCAGGAAUGUGAAAAUAUAAGUAGGAGUGAAAGCAGCUGACAAAAAGGGUGGAAGUGGAGCUUACAGCUGGAGAAGAGUUAAAGAUGAUACAAGUGGGAUGGAACAGACUGCUCCUAUGGAAGAAACUGCAAAAACAGAUGAGCAGCCAGGGGCAUCUGGAGGAGAGUCUCUGAACAAAGUUCCUGAAGGAGAGACAAUGGAAGAAGUAGUUCAAGAAAUGACAUUAGAUGAGUGGAAAAGUCUUCAGCAACGGAAUCGACCAAAGCCUGAAUUCAACAUUCGGAAGCCAGAAUCCAUUGUUCCUUCCAGAGCAGUGGUGAUUCACAAGUCAAAAUACAGCAACCACUUGCAAAAGGAAGAUUAUGAAGAUGAUUCUCCUGUCUUCCGAAGACCAGUGAAUGACAUAACAUCUCAGCUGGAUAUUAAUUUCGGGAGUCUUCCUCGCCCUGGCCGUGGAUCAAGAGGAACACGAGGUGGUGGUCGUGGCAGACAAGUUGAGGAGAGAAGACCUCAAUCAGCAGUAAUGGUGGAGCUUGUUGCUCCAAAUCCUGAUGACCCUGAGGAUUUUCCAGCUUUGGCGUGAAGAACAGUCAUGGAUGGUGACAUCUCAGCGUAGUCUCUGAAGGGACCAGUUUUAUGUGGGUGCCGAUAAAAUCUCUUCCAACUGGAAAAGCUGUUUGGGUAUUAGAUGUAGAAUGAUUGCAGAUGUCUGCUAAUGGUGUUGGGUUCUAGAGACACUGGUGGACUGGGAUCUUGUCACAGUCCAGUGUCUGCUUCCAUCUGUGAAAACUGUGUGAAGGCUUACAGUCCUUGACUACAAGGCUUCUAAUGAAGUUCAAGAGUACAGUGUUUAAAAAUGUGUAUAUAGAGAUUAUGUUAAGUUCUCCACAGUGAAAAUGUGAACCAUGGUGAAGUGUAAACUGCACAACAUGGUCUGCAGCUGGGACUCUAUUUCACUGUGUAUUUGAAACCUGCUUUCCCUGUUUCUUUGAGUGAAGAGUAUAUUUCACAAUCAUAUGUUGCAGUUCUUUAUGAGUUUAGCAGAUAAAGGCUCACUGGUUUUGGUUUGAGGUAUUAUUUUCACAAGUCAGAGAAGCAGACUGGACCUUUUGCUGUUUGGAUCCAGUCUGAAAAAAAAAACAAAAACCACACAAACAAAAAGCCC